CCUUCCGCUCCUACGUACUUGUGUAAAACUUUGUACCAAACCGUCAAAACAGGUCCCUGUAAUACCGUUUACGUAUAAACAAAACACGAGGUAAAACCAUCGCAACUUUGUAUAAAUCUUUCUUGGUAACUUUACGGUUUUUUUCCACACCAUUAUCGAAAAUGAUAAGCAGACUAAUAAUCUCAAGAAAUCUUUUAAGAAGAGUAAAUACGCUGAAUUCAGCGCGAGCUUUACAUUCCCUGUCGAAAGCAAAAAAUUUUCCAAAAGUGUUUCUUAUCGCAACGUCAUAUCCUCUUUCAAAAGACUACAACAGCUUCAUGGAAGAUUUCGAUUUAAAACUCAAACAAGCUUGUGAGCUUGGAGAGUCCGCUAUUACGGAAUUAAUGAAUAUGUUACAGAAAGCUGUUAAAGAUGUUACCCAAGCUUAUAAGGAAUCUCUUAAAAAGCAAAUUAGUCUUAUUGCCGAAGCCACUAAGGCGGGGGCUUCAUCACCAAAAUGGGACGAUUUACCGCAAUUUCGAACUCAGGCAGCAGAAAUAAGCCAACAGUUUCAGGACCUUGUAGCUACGAUUCGCACUUUAGGAGAAAUAGCUCAGAGUGAAACACUAAAGUACAUAACUCAACAAGAAAAGCACUUUCAGCUUUUAUCAAAAAAACACAAGGAGCUUGAGAAAAUAAUAACUAAACAGAUGGAAGAAAUAAAAAAACUAGAAGAGAAGUUGUUGCAGAAAAAUCGCGAAAGUAUUGAGAAGACUAAAUAGCAGUUGUUUAUUAUUAGUCUACUUCAUCGUUCAUAAUCAAUACUAAAUAAAAAAAGAAAUUUUUAAAAAAUUUCGGACUUAUUUGCCGUAGGAGCCUCUAGAGAACCGUAGUUGUAUUAAGUAAUAUUUGCGAUAUGAGCACACAAAGGGGUAACAACCAAAGGAGUCGUCCUCAAAAACAUAAAAACCAAACGUCUUUCAAAAACAACCUUCACGACACAAGUCAGCGAACCAAGCUUAUCAACAACAUUCAAGUCAGUGAUGUUUGUGUGAAGUGUAAGGGGAUUAUAGAGUGGAAAAUAAAAUACAAAAAGUACAAACCUCUGACACAACCUAGAAAAUGUGUUCGUUGCAACCAGAAAAAUGUCAAACAGGCUUAUCAUGUUAUGUGUACGGACUGUGGGAAAAAGCUGGGUCUUUGCACAAAAUGUUGUGAGCUCAAAGAAGUGGUAACCGGCAAGCCAAAUGAUCAGGAACAACUUAAGCUGGAUAACGAGAUGAAAAACUUGUUGCAAUCUUUACCGGAAAGAAAAAGAAGGACAUUUUUAAGGUAUCUGAGUAAAAAAAAUGAGGAAGGGGACGAAGCGAAAAGUGAAGAGAAGCAAAAAGAGGAUUUAAAAAAUAAACUAGAGGCUCUUAGAGCAAAUGAUAGUGCUGAUAAAGAUGAUCUAGACUAUAGUGAUUUCGACGAUUUUGAUUCAUCUGAUGAAUAAUUAAUUUGCUUUUUGAAAGAAUAUUUUAACGAUUUUAUUGCCGAUGUCCAUAAAAACGCUCAUGUUCACUUUUUAAGUUAUGCUCAAAAAAUAUAAUGUAAAUAAUGUAGUUAAAUACCUAUAAAUAAAGUUACAUUAUUAAUUA